UCUCUGGUUCAUGCCACAUUUGACGACUAGUGGGCACAUCCGGCCUACGAAGUCGAAAAGGGUUCUUUUUCAAGCGUACGCCAUUGUUGGCGUAUGGUAGUUUAUUUAUUUGAAAGGAAAAUCGAAAACCAUCCAAUAUGGUGAAUUUCACAGUAGACGAAAUCCGUGGGAUGAUGGACAAGAAGCGGAAUAUCCGCAACAUGUCCGUCAUUGCCCACGUCGACCACGGCAAGUCCACACUCACAGACUCGCUGGUGUCAAAAGCCGGUAUCAUCGCUGGUGCGAGAGCCGGAGAGACACGUUUCACGGACACCAGGAAAGACGAGCAAGACAGAUGUAUCACCAUCAAAUCCACCGCUAUUUCUAUGUACUUCGAGCUCGAAGAGAAAGACUUGGUGUUCAUUACAAACCCUGACCAACGUGAAAAGAGCGAAAAGGGUUUCUUGAUCAACUUGAUUGACUCACCCGGACACGUUGACUUCUCUUCUGAAGUGACAGCCGCCCUCCGAGUCACUGACGGUGCAUUGGUCGUAGUAGACUGUGUAUCUGGUGUGUGCGUACAGACCGAGACUGUACUCCGUCAAGCCAUUGCUGAGCGCAUCAAGCCCAUUUUGUUCAUGAACAAGAUGGACCGCGCCCUUCUCGAGUUGCAGUUGGAGGCUGAGGAGCUCUACCAGACCUUCCAGCGUAUUGUUGAAAACGUUAACGUUAUUAUUGCCACCUACAACGAUGAUGGCGGUCCCAUGGGUGAGGUCCGCGUGGACCCCAGCAAGGGUUCCGUCGGUUUCGGUUCCGGUCUCCACGGCUGGGCCUUCACGCUCAAACAGUUCUCUGAGAUGUACGCCGACAAAUUCAAGAUUGAUCUUGUCAAGCUUAUGAACAGACUAUGGGGAGAGAACUUCUUCAACCCCCAGACCAAGAAGUGGGCCAAGCAAAAGGACAAUGAGAACAAGCGUUCCUUCUGCAUGUACGUGCUCGACCCCAUCUACAAGGUGUUCGACGCCAUCAUGAACUUCCGCAAGGAGGAGAUCGACUCUCUCCUCAAGAAGAUUGGUGUCACCAUCAAGCACGAAGAUGCCGACAAGGACGGCAAAGCCCUCCUCAAGGUUGUCAUGCGUAGCUGGCUGCCGGCCGGAGAGGCUCUGCUUCAGAUGAUCGCCAUCCACUUACCUUCCCCCGUGGUGGCGCAGAAGUACCGUAUGGAGAUGUUGUACGAGGGACCCCAUGACGAUGAGGCAGCUAUUGGUAUCAAGAACUGCGACCCCGAAGCGCCCCUCAUGAUGUACGUGAGCAAGAUGGUGCCAACCUCUGACAAGGGACGUUUCUACGCGUUCGGUCGUGUGUUCUCCGGCAAGGUCAUCACUGGACAGAAGGCCCGCAUCAUGGGACCCAACUUCCAGCCAGGAAAGAAAGAGGAUAUGUACGAGAAGACCAUCCAGCGUACCAUCCUCAUGAUGGGACGUUAUGUUGAGGCCAUUGAGGAUGUGCCCUCUGGUAACAUCUGUGGUCUCGUCGGUGUCGACCAGUUCCUCGUCAAGACCGGAACAAUCACCACCUACAAGAACGCGCACAACAUGAAGGUGAUGAAGUUCAGCGUGUCGCCUGUAGUGCGUGUGGCCGUGGAGCCCAAGAACCCCGCUGACUUGCCCAAGCUGGUGGAGGGGCUCAAGCGUCUGGCCAAGUCAGACCCCAUGGUGCAGUGCAUCAACGAGGAGUCUGGCGAGCACAUCGUCGCCGGCGCUGGGGAGCUGCAUCUUGAGAUCUGUCUCAAGGACUUGGAGGAGGACCAUGCAUGCAUUCCAAUCAAGAAAUCCGACCCGGUAGUAUCCUACCGUGAGACGGUCGCCGAGGAGUCGAACCAGAUGUGCCUGUCCAAGUCGCCCAACAAGCACAACAGGCUGUUCAUGAAGGCCUGCCCCAUGCCCGACGGUCUGGCUGAGGACAUUGAUGACGGUAAAGUGAACCCACGUGACGACUUCAAGACCCGUGCCCGUUACCUCGGCGAGAAGUACGAGUACGACGUGACUGAAGCCCGUAAGAUCUGGUGCUUCGGUCCCGAGGGCACCGGCCCCAACAUCCUGGUCGACUGUACCAAGGGAGUGCAGUACUUGAACGAGAUCAAGGACUCUGUGGUGGCAGGCUUCCAAUGGGCCGCCAAGGAGGGAGUUAUGGCUGAGGAGAACUUGAGAGGAGUGCGCUUCAACAUCUAUGAUGUCACCCUCCACACCGACGCUAUCCACAGAGGUGGCGGUCAAAUCAUUCCAACAACCAGGAGAUGCCUGUACGCGUGUCUGUUGACAGCCGCACCCAGGCUUAUGGAGCCCGUAUAUUUGUGUGAAAUCCAGUGUCCCGAGGUAGCCGUGGGCGGUAUCUACGGCGUGCUGAACAGACGGCGCGGGCACGUGUUCGAGGAGACCCAAGUGGCGGGCACUCCCAUGUUCGUGGUGAAGGCCUACUUGCCGGUCAACGAGUCGUUCGGCUUCACGGCCGACCUGCGCUCCAACACGGGCGGCCAGGCCUUCCCGCAGUGUGUGUUCGACCACUGGCAAGUGCUGCCGGGUGACCCGUGCGAGGCUGGCUCCAAGCCGUACGCUGUCGUGCAGGAAACAAGGAAAAGGAAAGGACUCAAGGAGGGUCUGCCAGACUUAACGUCAUACUUGGACAAAUUGUAAACGCCGUAGCUAAAUAUCAAAUAAUAUCAAUACUGUAACAUAUGUACCAUUAUGAGCGCCUCACGCUAACGUUUUGUUUCCACGACCGCGCGAACAUGUGAUAUCUAGCCGAGUAUAAUAUACCCAUACUGUUAUGUAGGACCGAACACCUGGACACCAUUAUUAUACUGUAAUUAAUUUUUAAAUUAUAAUUUUUCUAUUGUAA